AUGUUGCUCGAAGUGGGUGGGUUGUGUGCAAAGCUGGUGGAGCUAGAGGGCUCGACAUGGGCGGCUAUCAUCAAGAUGAAGCAGGUUGACCAUAUCAUGAGCGAAAAGCAGAUUCUGGCCAAGUUGCAACACCCAUUCAUCGUGAACAUGUUUGGCUCCUUCCAUGACCCACGCUAUAUCUACAUGGUCUUGGAGUACAUCGUCGGCGGGGAAUUCUUCACUCACCUCCGAAAGGCUGGCCGUUUUGAGAAUGAGCAGUCCCUGUUCUACGCGGCGCAGAUCACUUGUAUCUUUGAGUACUGCCAUGAGCUGAACAUUGUCUACCGUGAUCUGAAGCCGGAGAACAUUUUGAUCAAUGCCGAUGGCUACGUGAAGUUGACGGACUUCGGCUUCGCCAAGGUCAUCGAACACCGCACCUACACGCUUUGCGGCACGCCAGAGUACAUCGCGCCAGAGGUCUUGCUGAACAAGGGCCAUGGAAAGCCAGUGGAUUGGUGGACCCUCGGCAUCCUCAUCUACGAGAUGAUUGUCGGUCGCCCCAGUCGACCGACAGCCGGCGACCGGCGACCGAUCGAAGGCUAUCCCCCUUUCGUCGAUGAAGACCCCAUGGGCAUCUACCAGAAGAUCUUGGCAGGAAAGAUCACGUUUCCAAAGAUCUUUCACAAGGAGGCAGUGCGGGCUAAGAGCUUGGUGAAGAAGUUGCUGACCCCGGACUUGGGCAAGCGCUUCGGGAACUUGAAGAACGGCGCCGCGGACAUCAAGGAGCACAAGUGGUUCAAGGAUCUCAGCUGGGAUGAUUUGUUGGCCAAGAAGGUGGAGGCUCCCUUUAAGCCAUCCGUGAAGGGUGCCACAGACACCAGCAACUUCGAUGACUACCCAGACUCAGAUCAAGAGCCUCCCGCGGUGAACGCUUCGCAAGAUCCCUUCACCAACUGGUGGCUUGGCAGAUCGAUUUCCUGCAACGGUUCAACAGAAGACACUGCCCGAAGCAGUUGUCCCACUAGGGUCGGUUGA